AUGGACGCUUUUGGAAGCGUUGGGACAGCGACAUCGCUCCUAGUACAAGCAUUUCAUCUAUUUCGACAUGUGUCGUCAGCACGUAGCUUUGCAGAUAGCGCAGGGACACUUGCUGCACUAAUCGCAAUCGAAUAUUUCCGAUUCGAAACAUGGCUUCAACAGAGUGGUUUGCUGAUCACCGAUCCUGUGUCUGGCGAGUUUAUUGUUAGCGAAAGCUCGUUGCGCCGAGCUAUUCUUCUUGCUUCAGACGCAAGGUCGCUGGCGAUGGACUAUGGUCGCGUCGAGCGCCAUGUCUUGAUGGUUAUUAGCCAAGCCCAUCAAUGUCUUUUGAUGCUACAAGAGCUGCGUGAGAAGUACUCUCUUCACAACAAUGUCAGGAAUGCCGGCGACACCGAAACUCUCAAGUCUGCGGCAAUCCAAGAUAGUCGUGAGAUACCUACGGCAGCACCGCUGUUUCGGAAUGACCAAGUCGCUGAAGGCAUCAAAAAUAACAAAAAACUCCACCAACAUCGUGCAAAAACGGUCAGCUUCUUCCGUAAGGUGAACUUUACCUGGUCGUUCAAAGAUGAUAUUAGUGAUCGCACCAAAGUCAUGGAACACAUUUCAACUCUGAAGUCCUGCAACGACGCGCUUCUGGAAUGUCUACCAAUAACACAGCAGGGUACAGCUGAUAAGCUCGUGAAUAUGAAGGCGCUCGCCCUGUCAGGUUUACCUUCGGACUUAAAGGGGCUUAGGAGUGCUGCCUCGGCAUUUGACGAUCCGAUGCACCGUCAGAUUUACCAGGCAAUGGUUGUCAAAGCUAGAAGAGUAGAGGAAAGCACUCAAGCAGUAUCAAGCGAAGAACUUGAGCGGAUCAAGCUGGAUCCUGCAGACUUUCCUCUCCAGGGACAAUCAACCGAAUUCAGAAUCGUGUCUGAAUACACAGAAAAGUCGCCAGUUAUCUCAAAAGAGAAGAUGGAUGUUAUCUUGGAAGGUGUAUCGUUCCCAAUCUCCCUGACUGAGAAUGACCUUAAUCUUCUCAAGGAUCGCAUUGCACACCUCUCCACUCUGCUCCACAAUGCCGGCCAUCCUUACUUUCCAAUACUCCCACUUGGCAUCGGCUUCUUUCAGCAAUCUAGGACUUCAUUCACCCUCGUCUACCAACUCCCCUCGUUCGCUCAACAGCAGGAGGUUCCUCGCUCGCUCUAUUCUCUCCUCCCACGAAAUAAGUAUUCGAUUGAAGGUGAAAAGGCUGCCGGGACGAACAGAUUCAUACCAUCACUAGAGGAGCGUUAUAAGAUGGCUUCUGCCCUUGCUGAUGGUGUACUCUCUCUACUUGGUGUUGAGUGGAUGCAUAAAAGCAUUACAAGCCGGAACGUUGUUGUUUACCAUGCGUCAGGAAAAUUGGAUCUAUCCUCUCCUCAGUUAUUAGGUUUUGGGCUUGCACGUCGUGAACGACCUGAAGAACGCAGUGUCGAUGUACGCGACUACACGCCCUCUCCAUGGCGCUUUUGGCAACACCCGGAACUGCGUUCUGCUGGACAAGAACAUCGUAGGUUCGAACGUCGCUUCGAUAUCUUUUCGCUAGGUGUCGUCCUAUUCGAGAUAGGUAUGUGGCAGGACGCUCACUACUACAGCUCGUCUGGGUCUGCAUCAGCGGGAGCGGCCAACGCCGACGACCUUCGCCGAAGGCUAGUUACUGUAUGUUCACGUGAGAUGGCUCAUCGUAUGGGCCAGGGGUAUAAAUCGGCUGUCAUGGCGUGUCUAGAUGGGGACGAGAUAUGGUUGGGAGAUGCAUGGGACGGUGCCGAGAUGGAGGAAGAGGUGGAAGAAGGGAUGCAGGAUAGAGAGCCUGACGUUGCUGAAAUGUUUUAUUUGCAUGUUUCCAGCGUUCUCAGUUCUUGUUGUAAAUAG